CGGGGCGUGGUCGACCUCCGAGUUCUUGAGAGAGGGUUGCAGUGCAAAAUCUGCCGCGCAUAUAACCCGCCUCCUCCCUCCUUGUGCGCCGUUUUUGGGUUCAUUUUUCUGUCCGCCCCGCGGCUCCCUCCCCUUUUUCUUUGGGCUCCAAAGGUAGCAGGGCUAAGGGCAGAGAUGGUGAGGGGCGGGAGCAGCAGCAGCGGCAAGUCGGGCGUCGGCAGGGCGUUGGUGAAGCAGCACAACCAGACGGUGCAGCUCUCCAAGGAGAAGGGCCGCGCUCUGCGCAAGCAGCGCGUGCUCGAGUCUGUCACUGACGUUGGCGACAUCGACGCCGUUAUCGAGCAGGCUGAAGAAGCCGGAAGGAUCUUCGACGCGGAUAACCCGCUUCCGGAUGUCCUUAUCAACUUCGAUCUGAACUCUGAUUUAACACCUGAAGAAAGGAGGGGACAACAAAAGAGAGAGGAGGCGUUGCACCAAAGCAGCCUUCGUCUUCCUCGUAGGCCUCCUUGGAGAACCAGUAUGUCGCCUGAAGAGCUUGAUGAGAAUGAGAGAAAUGCAUUUUUGAGCUGGCGCCGGUCGCUUGCAAGGCUUGAGGAAAAUGAGAAUCUUGUCCUCACACCAUUUGAAAAGAAUCUAGACAUAUGGAGACAACUAUGGCGUGUUCUAGAGCGCAGCGAUCUACUUGUUAUGGUUGUGGAUGCACGCGAUCCCUUGUUUUACAGGUGCCCAGACCUUGAGGAGUAUGCAAAGGAGAUAGAUGAGAAUAAAGAGACUGUGCUACUUGUCAAUAAAGCGGAUCUUUUGCCCUUAACAGUCAGAAAAAUCUGGGCAAGAUAUUUUCGGGUCCAUGGAAUUCAACACAUAUUUUGGUCUGCAAAAGCUGCAGCAGCUGCUUUCGAAGGAAAAAAGUUGAACAGCCACUGGGGAACAGAGGAGGAAGAGCUUCUGUCUGACCUGUCCCAUGAAGAUGUGAAAAUAUAUGGAAGGGAUGAACUAUUGGUUCGAUUGCACAGGGAAGGAAAAGCUAUUGUUGAGGCCAGAGAGAAUUCCCCUGGCAAUAGCCUGGAACAGAUUUCUCAUCAUCAGCCCCAUUAUCCAGCAUGUGGUGCAAGGCCUUCAGACAAGAAAGUUGUUGUAGGAUUUGUAGGAUACCCAAAUGUUGGAAAGAGUUCAACAAUUAAUGCAUUGGUUGGUGAGAAGCGAACUGGGGUUACUUCUACCCCUGGGAAAACAAAACACUUCCAGACCUUGAUCAUUUCUGAGGAACUUAUGUUGUGUGAUUGCCCUGGUUUAGUUUUCCCAUCCUUUACUAGUUCCAGACAUGACAUGGUUGCCUUAGGAGUGCUACCGAUAGAUCGGAUGACUGAGCACCGGCAAGCUCUGCAGGUUGUAGCUAACCAUGUCCCUAGAGUUGUCCUUGAGAAUGUCUAUAAUAUAAGCUUACCCAAACCCAAACCAUAUGAGUCACAAUGUAGACCACCUUUUUCAUCCGAGUUACUGAGAACUUAUUGCUCUUCUCGUGGAUAUGUAUCGUCAAGUGGACUUCCAGAUGAAACACGAGCUGCACGGCAGAUUCUGAAGGAUUACAUAGAUGGGAAGCUGCCUCAUUUCAAAUUGCCACCAGAACUUCCCGCAGAUGUUUCUGAGCAAGACAUAGCUGAAAGAAUGGGGCUUUGUCAUCUAGGUGACUACGUCAACAAAAGGUUGGAAUCUGACUCAGAAAAACAGCAUGACGCGAGUGAAGAUGCUGUUUCCUCGAACGUUGCUAAUUUAUUGAGUGACCUUGAUGCAUUUGAUUCCUCUAGUGAUCUUGCUGGGUCAGUUGCUUAUGUGAAGGAGAAGAAAGCUGUUACUGCAAAGCAUAAACAUCAUAAGAAGCCACAGAGGAAAAAAGAUCGAUCAUGGCGGGUACGGAAUGAUGGUGGUGAUGGAAUGCCUGUGGUGGGAGUAUUUCAGAAACCCGUUAGUUUUGGAGCUAUGAGAGCCACCUGAGGUUUCUCUAUCGCUACCUGGCUUCUGAUGUGCAGUAUGAACCUUGGUUUCUCCAUUUUUAGUCAGUUGUACGGCGUGUAGAUAUGUUGAUGGCCUGUGUGGCGUAUGUUCGCAAUAUGGUGCGGGGUUACUAAAUUUUUGAAACUUUUUCCUGUCUUAUAUUUUAUUGAGUGAAAUGGUAUACGUUAUUCGGAUA